UCCAGUCACCGUCAGUCAUCAGCUGCUCUUCGCUCGCCCUGCGUGCGCCCAGAGCGCGUCUCUCCAGUCAACAGCCGAGAUGAGUUAAAGGACAAUAGCUUACCUCUCCCUCCUCAGAUGUGGGUGGUCUCUGUGUAUUCGCUGAUUCAGAAAUCUUUUAAAAAAUGACCAUUCAACCCGGUAGGUUUUGAGUCCGCUGCGACUCAUUCCAUUGGAGUAAACCUGCUGUAGCCUUCCUGCAGCGCAUCGUCGAAGGCUCUCCGCUGGAAAUAUACCAACAGAGCUUAUUCUGAGGAGCACUGGAUGCUUUCUGUUUAGUUCAACUUGUGCAGCCCGUCAUUGUUUGUUUGCCUCCGAAAAGAAAGUCUGUUUCCAAUGCCGUCCAGUCUACGCGCCUAGCCGAAAGCAACUUCACGGUCCUAUCAAGGGAUUUUACGGAAAUAAAUUCCGAUCAAUCACGGACUACAUGACUUACAAAAACAGCAGGACUUAUCGGGAGUACAGGGAGAAUGAAGAAUCACCGGGGCCGGGGGAAACAGCAUGAGUGGCCCGUGCAUCUUCGUUAGACCGGUGGCCCUCAUGUUUCUAUGGAAUUGGUUAUCACUAAGCCUGCUCCAGAGCUGGUUGGCAGUAGGGGCAACUGCGGCGGACUCUACCGGGGCUGGCUUCAGCGGCUCCACUGGGCCCCUGGGCUGGCUCCUCUCUGAAAAGGGUCCUUUCCACAGCUCGCAGGAGUUUGUUGAUUUCACAGAGCGCUACCAGCAAGGAUUCACCACCAAAUACAAGAUAUACAGGGAGUUUGGCCGUUGGAAGGUGAACAGCUUGGCCCUGGAGAGACAGGAGAACAAUGGCUUUUCCUUGCCGCUGGACCCGGAGUUCCUCCAAACCAUUAGGCAGCUGGGCAGGAGGCCCAGUCUUAGCGCCAUCACUGACAACAUUAUCAGGAAAUACGGAACUCACUUCCUGCUCUCUGCUACGCUGGGAGGGGAAGAGUCACUGAUGAUCUUUGUGGACAAACGGAAGUUGAGUCGGACCUCUGAAGGGAGUGAAUCUAAUGGCACAGCUGUGACGCUGGAAGCUCUGCACCAGCUGGCUGCCUCCUACUUUAUUGACAGGGAGAGCACCUUGCACAAGCUGCACCACAUCCAGAUCGCCUCCACUGCCAUUAAGGUGACCGAAACAAGGACGGGCCCUCUUGGAUGCAGUAACUAUGACAACCUCGACUCUGUCAGCUCCGUUUUGGUUCAGAGCCCUGAAAACAAGAUUCAUUUGCAAGGUCUCCAGGCCAUACUGCCGGGGUAUCUGAGGGUCAGGUUCAUUCAAGCCGCUCUCAGUUACAUUGGCUGCAAUGAAGAGGGCCAGUUUGUGUGCCGGGACAACGACUGCUGGUGCCAGUGUGCCAUCGACUAUCCACGGUGUAAUUGCCCUGAGGUGGAUCUGAAGGCUAUGGAAGCCAGUCUACUGCAAAUUCGGGAUUCCUGGAACAUGGCCAACCAAGACUUUGAGGAGUCAGAUGAGUUUCAGAACUUUGUUCGGAAGCUUCCCACCUUCUACGCCCUGAACACGUCUGCCAUCCAGUACUUCUGGAAGACGGAGCCAUCCGUUCACCAACGCUACAAACAGCUGGAGCUCAGCACCCAGCAGCUCCUGAGCAAAGCACGACGCAUCGUCAACAAGCUCUUCACCCUCAGCAAGAGGUGUCAAACUCAGCCCAAAAUUAUUAUGCUGAGAGAGAGACCCUUCAGCUACUGGCUGAACUACAUCCUGUCCAUCAUGUACUGCAGUGAAAACAACCACAUUGGCUCUUACCUAGAGCAAACCAGGAGCUGCUCCUGCCCAUAUGAGCACCCUCCCUGCCAGGGGGUGAUCCCAUGCACGGUGGGAGAGGGCACCUCCUGUGCAUCCUGCUCCUAUGAGAACCGCUCCCGCUGUGCCACCUGCAAUCAAGGUUACAUGCUGAGCCAGGGCGUGUGCCGCAACGAGGUGCCAGACUCCACCGACCAUUAUAUCGGCUUUGAGACUGACCUGCAGGACGUGGAGCUGCGCUACCUCCUGCAGAAACGUGACAACCGCAUCAGCAUCCAUGGGAUCUUUGUCAGCAACGAUGUCAGGCUGAAUAAUUGGUUUGACCCAUCAUGGAGGAAGAGGAUGCUGCUGACGCUGAAAAGUAAUAAAUACAAAUCAAACCAUGUUCACAUGCUCCUGGGGAUGACUCUACAGAUCUGCCUUACCAAAAACAGCACUCUUGACCCCUUGAUGUCUGUCUAUAUAAAUCCAUUUGGGGGGAGUCACUCAGAGAGUUGGAUCAUGCCCAUUGACCAGAACAACUACCCAGACUGGGAGAGGACUAAAUUAGACCUCCCUCAUGACUGUUACAACUGGACUUUAACUUUAGGCAACAAGUGGAAAACCUUUUUUGAGACAGUUCACUUUUACCUACGGAGCCGGAUCAGGGGCCCCUCAAGUAACGGAAAUGGAUCCGUAUAUUAUGAACCCUUGGAGUACUUGGAACCGGGGCAGAAUCUAGGCUACAUGAAGAUUAACAGCAUCCAGGUGUAUGGCUAUAGUAUGCACUUUGACCCCGAAGCGAUCCAGGACUUGAUUUUACAGCUGGACUACCCAUACACUCAGGGAUCGCAGGACUCGGCCUUACUGCAGCUGCUGGAGAUCCGGGAUCGGGUCAACAGACUUUCCCCACCCGGAGCUCAGCCUCUGGAUCUCUUCUCCUGUCUGCUCCGGCACCGGCUUAAACUGUCCACCACAGACGUUGCCAGGAUACAGGCAGCACUGCAGACUUUCAGCGCCAAGCAGCCCAACUCCAUGGAAUACGAAACAACCAAAUUAUGUAGCUAAUAAGUGGGCGGAUGGCCAGGUGCACAGAUGCACAGAUGGAGCGGUUAUCACACAGGCCUGAUGACAGUUAAGAGCAAUUCUGAAGCUGUGCAAUGGACAUUUUGAGGACAUUUUAAUUGUUGUUGUGUAUCUCAACAGAGUAGUUGGGAUUCUAAUGUCAGCUUUUCCUAUAAAUUUGUAUAACAUCUUAGAACUAAGGAGGAUUUCACCAUAUUUGCCUCAUAGCUUUUCUCUCCUUAUGGAAAUAACUUUGACAGUUCACUAUAUAAAUUCCAAACUCUGCCGUCACUUAUAUGUUGCCAGUGUGCUAACGUUUGUAGAUUGCACAAAUUUCACACGCGCAGACAAAAGCUUUUGCUGAAAAAGUGUAAUUCAUGCAAUGUAAUCAUCUCACAAAUACAAGCAUUUCAAACCAGCAUGUUUUUUUUCCUCUAAUUUUAUUUUUUAGGUGAAAAAUAAUCAAAAGUGCUUGUUUUGACUGAGUCCCUCCCUUUUAAACUGGGACAUAAUACGCAUCUCAAUUCUUUGAUUUUAUUUACUCAUGUAUUUUUUUUUUUUUUACCAUACAAUAGUCACUCAAUUUUUAAACUGUACUACACAUUUUUUGUAAGAAAGCUCUAAAUGAAAUAAAGUGAAUAAAUAGAUGCAGUAUGAUGCAGAUUUGCUGAAAAUAACAAUGUACCAUGAUCAUGACAUAUGUUACAUGUACUUUUAUUUUUAUAAUGCUGUUGUUUGUGAAACAAACGUUACAAAAACACUGUCUAUAUAAUGUACAGUACAAUUUGUUAUUACACUAAAUAAAAUACAUUUUUAUG